UCACAACAGUAUUUCCCAAAGAUUGCUGCCUCAGUUCUUACGGAUCUACGGACUGACAUUACUGGCAGCGGUAUACACCAUGGCAAUGUUAUCUGCAGUGUUUGCCAAGGAGAUUUACCAUAUGGUAAAGCUGCAUGCAGUGAUCAGACAGAAAAUACACUCAUCAUGUUCAUCAACAUUACCAAAAAUCAUUCAUGCCAAUUGUCAAAUUUGACAAGUGUCACAAAAUGUGUGACCUGUAGCAACCCCAUAGAAGCUCCUUCAGUGAAUAUAAGAGUUAAUACAACAGUUGUGUCACAGAACGGUGACAUAAACGCAGCUGCUGCCUCAGAAUUCAUGGAGAAGCUGUCCGACCUCCUUACACAGCUGGGAAAUGAAUCCUCAGCUGUAAUCACAGCAGGCCCCGUGAAAGGGAUACUCACAAGACAAAGGAAGGAUGCUAAAUUCAAAGAAGUUUUCUUUGGACUCUCUUCCAAUUCCGACAUAAAUAUUGUUAACAGCAAGGUCUCGGCAGCGGAGGACUUUCCUGGAUCAGUGUCCAUCUCAAAGGAAGCAUUCAAUAAGGCCAACCUAUCAUUCGAGGGUGGCCCGUUUGCUGCCGUCUUCCGAUUCCCAAAUAUGUCCAAGGAUGAGAAAAACAGCACGGUUUUCAAUGAUGAGGUCAUUGCAAUUGACAUGGGAACUCCCAUUUUGGAUCUCACAGAUAGCAUAAACAUUACCUUUCAAGUUAACGCAGGCAACACCGUGAUGUCUUGCAGUUCUUGGAACGGCACAGGAGAUCGGCCCGUCUGGACAACUGAUGGGUGUAAUACCACAGUGAGCAAUGGCACCGUCAUCUGCCAAUGCACUCACCUGACAUUCUUUGCUAUACUAAUGGCCAGCCCAAGUGAAUCAAACAUCAGUAACUCAGACCUGAAGUCUCUCUCCUACAUCACCUAUAUUGGCUGUGGCUUGUCAAUGUUCUUCUUAGGUGUAGCUCUGUUUAUGCACUUCCUCUUGAGGAGAGCCAAGUCCAGCGACGCCACCCAGAUCCUCAUGAACCUCUUCCUAGCCAUGUUCCUGCUGGAUCUCACCUUCCUGUCCAACGAGGCUGUCGCCGGGAUGGGCAACCUCAUCGCCUGCAAGAUCUUCGCGGCGCUCCUGCACUACUCCAUGCUGUCCACCUUCACCUGGUUCGCCAUCGAGGCCUUCCACCUGUGCCUCCACCUGGCCAAGUCCUUCAACAUCGGCAUCCGGCACUACUUCCUGAAGGUGUGCAUCGGCGGAUGGGCACUCCCUUGUGUGGUGGUGAUAAUCAUUUUGAUCUGUGGAAAGUAUGGCGGCCGCAGCAUAAAUUCUGACAAUGGGAAAUCUGUGCAAAUGUGCUGGAUCGUUGACGAUACGGUCCAUUACGUGGUGAACAUCGGCUACUACGCCCUGGUGUUCCUCUUCACCUUCACCGUCUUCAUCAUCAUCACGCGGCAGCUGACGUACUUGCGGGGCAGGGACGUCAAGGCAGCCCAGAAGGGGGUGGGCCCGGCGAACAUCUGCAGCAUCAUGGGCCUGUGCUGCCUGCUGGGGGUCACCUGGGGCUUUGCCUUCUUUGCCUACGGGCCCCUCCGGAUACCGUCCUACUACAUCUUCACCAUCCUGAACUCCUUCCAAGGAUUCUUCCUGUUCCUGUAUUACUACAACACAAGCAAGAUCAUAGGAGAUGAAAAGGCUUCGAACUUAUCAAGCAGCAGUACAGCCACUAUCAAAACCACCGUGGACUCCCAGAACCCUUACGUAAAUAAGGCCUAAAACAUACCCUGUAUUCAGGAAAGGGGGAAUGGGGGGCAGGGGUAAAGUCAAAGUGUAAUUAAUGACCAAGAAUCCUUUCACAGCAACAUCUCUCAGCAUCAGUUUGUACUCAGUACACAAAUGCCUCAUUAACCAG